AUGUCUUACAAAGGAAGCACCGGGAAACAUGAUGGCAUACCGCAGCAAGCUCGGGAUGGCGGGAUUGAUGAAACGUACUCGGACGGCACUGAACGCAUACAAUUCAACGAGGAUGGGCUAGAGACUGGAGUUCGAUUGUUAGGUGAUGGUCUGGUAGAUAUCCAGGUCAAUGAACGUCAACCUAGCAUCGCAGGAUUGCUGAACUACACUCAACAGACACCAUUCUCUCCAGAUGUGGAACAGAACAAGAGCAUACAUGACAUCGAAGUUGCACAAGAGAGAGCAGGGCAGCCCUUUCCAAUGCAUCUGAACAUUGUCAUUCAAGUCAUUGGCUCUCGGGGUGAUAUUCAACCUUUCGUUGCGCUAGGACAAGAACUUACAGCCCAUCACCAUCGAGUUCGAAUAGCCACGCAUCCGAUUUUUCGGGACUUUGUUCUUGAUGCCGGCCUUGAAUUCUUUAGCAUCGGAGGAGAUCCUGAACAGUUGAUGGCUUUCAUGGUUCAAAAUCCUAGCCUAAUCCCCGCUUUCAGCACCAUCCGCAGCGGGGCUAUUCAAAGACGACGACGCGAAAUGAGAGAGAUUAUUGACGGCUGUUGGAAAUCGUGCUCUGAGUCCGGAGAUGGACGCCCAUUUGUCGCAGAUGCGAUCAUAGCCAACCCUCCCAGCUUGGCCCAUAUCCAUUGUGCACAACGACUUGGCAUUCCUCUCCACAUUAUGUUUACUAUGCCUUGGUCACCAACUCAGUCAUUUCCGCAUCCACUGUCUAUCACACAUCCAGAGCACUGCAAAGAAACCACUGCGAACUUCAUCUCAUAUGCGAUUGUAGAUAUGAUGGUGUGGGAAGGUCUCGGUGACAUCGUCAACAAAUUUCGCAGAAAGUCACUAUCACUUGAUCCCUUGGACCGAAUAAUGGCCCCAAGCGUCAUUCAUCGAUUACGGGUGCCAUGUGCCUAUCUUUGGUCACCCUCAUUGCUUGACAAACCUCCGGAUUGGUCUUAUAAUAUCGACGUCUGUGGAUUCUGCUUCCUUCCGUCAAAGUUAGACUACAAGCCACCGGCUGAUUUAGAGGCUUUCCUAAGGGCAGGCCCAAAGCCGAUAUAUAUCGGAUUUGGCUCUAUCGUGGUGGAUAAUCCAACAAAACUCACAAGUAUUAUAUUUGAGACGCUUUUCCAACGGGUUUCGUGCAUUGUGCAUCAUGGCGGAGCUGGCACCACGGCUGCUGGACUCGCACUAGGCUGUCCGACUGUGAUAGUGUCCUUCUUUGGGGACCAGCGAUUCUGGGGGAGGGUUGUUGCAAGAUCAGGAGCUGGUCCAAAGUCGAUCCCUUAUAAGAAGCUGACAGUGGAAAACUUGACUGAAGCUCUCCAAUUUGCAUUAUUGUCAUCAACAAAAGAAAAGGCACAGAUAGUCGGGGAAAACAUCCAGAAAGAAUCAGGGGCAAGGGAUGCUGUACGCAGCUUUCAUCGACACCUUGAUUUAGAAUCAUUACGAUGUGCCAUCUGUCCCUCUCGACCGGCUGCAUGGUGCACCAAAGACACAAAAAUUGGCCUAAGUGCUUUUGCUGCGGCUGUCUUGGUCAAUAAGGGUAAACUCAAGGCUAAAGCCGUGGUUCUCCACCGCUCCAAAGAAUAUGACACCUAUCGUGAUCCGAGAGGACCAGUUAGUGCUGGUGCCCAGAUUUUUUUCGGGGCCAUUGCGAACUUCAUUACAGGCAUUGCGAGUGUCCCCACAGAUAUUGUUGCUAACGUGAUUUCCGUAAGCCACGCCAUAAACCACCCUCAUGUACAUAGUAAUCCUCUAUCUCAAUGUGGUUGUCCCGGUCACGAAGCCUUGCGGGCUGAAGGCGAACGUGCUGAAAACGAAGAGGAGGGACCUGGGCUCCCAGAUGAGGGUGGACAUAUCGAUGCAAACAUAUAUGAGAAUGGGCAGCAUGCAAGGGAUGCCUUGCCCGAAUCGAGUAACGAGCAGGAUGGAGACACGCUGCUUCAACAAGAGCAGACUAUGAGCAGCAUGAAUCCGGCGAUUGGAUUUCAAGGUUUCAUGUCAGAGGCAGCGCUGCAUGGCAUGAGAGGGUUGAAAAGAAUUUUUAACGUCGUCAUCUGGCUACCAACAGACCUUACGCUCAGCAUGACAAAAGGAUUUCACAAUGUACCCAAAUUAUAUCAUGACGUUACGGUUCAGCCCAGUCCGAGAGUGACUGGGUUUCGAAGUGGGUUAAGGGCUGCCAGAACCGAAUUCAAGGACGGUUUCUACCAUGGUAUCACAGGGCUCGUCACUCAGCCCAGUCAUGGCUUCAAAGCCGACGGAGGGAAGGGGUUGGCCAAGGGAGUUGGAAAAGGCAUCGGUGGGGCUAUAGUUAAGCCUACUGCGGGCCUAUGGGGACUAGCAGGAUAUCCUUUGAGGGGCCUGCGCAGGAAGCUUCUCAAAUCGCUAGGCAAAGAUAUAGAAAGACACAUUAUUCAGGCACGAAUUGCCCAGGGCCAUGAAGAGUUGCAAGCAUCAUCGGCCGAGGAGAAAGCUGAGGUGGUCGAUAAAUGGGCUCUCAUUGAAGCGGAACUACGAAAGACAUAG